GGUAAGAGUGUUAGUGGCUGUGGUUGUAGAGGUAUUUAAUUCUGUAUCGUAGUUACCAUAGCUUGUUUCUCAGACGCCCCAUAAACGCACCUUCAGACAGACUCGUCCAAUCCCACAAUGCCUUUCGGCGUGGCUUCAUUUGUUUUGCGUAGAGAUCAGCUGAGCUCGUGAGUCGCUGCAGUGAGUGGACUCCUGCCAGCGGCUCGGGAUCGGAGCUGCUCGGGACUUCUCGGCGUCUGUAUCCUGGCAUGGACAUCGUUUUAAACCUGCCGCUUCGACUGGAAGCUGACACUAUUUCAUAAAAAAUAUAAUUUAAAGUCUUUUUUACGUAUCUAGGUCUUUAGUGUAAAACAUUUUUUAUCAUGCUGGGAACCAUUACAUUCGGACCAGUUUCAAAGUAAGAGCAUCAUUUGGAGACUGCAUAUUUUUUUCAAUGACCCGGGAGCGGGCAAUACUAUGUCCAGACGAAAACAGAACAACCCUUUCAAAGUUGACUGGCCGUUCCACACUUCAGGCUUGACGGGACUUCAGAACGCAGCGAACAUGAACGGGAGGGAGGAUUUCACAGAUGAUGGCGAAUGCCUCAGUCACAAUUCCCAUGGAGUCCAAGGACGGGAUAGCCUCACAGAAGAAAGCGAUAGUGACCCUGACAACCAGGGCGAAGACUCUUCCUCCAACACCUCUGCCGACGACCACAUGACCACCAAGAGAUCGCAGUGCCACCUCCAAGGGGCGGGAGUCAAAGAAGAGAGUGAAGAAGGGGGAGAUUACAUCAACAGUUUCAUUUGCCCUCUUUGCUCGCUGGAUUUCAGCAGCCCUGACAGGCUCAUCUCACAUGUCUACCAGCACACAUCCAUGAUGAGCAACAGCAAGAGCUAUGUGUGCCCAGUAUGUGGGCGAGCCCUCAGCUCUCCUGGCUCGCUUGGACGGCAUCUUCUCAUCCACUCGGAGGACCGCCUCUCCAACUGCGCUGUCUGCGGCGCACGUUUCACAGACACCAACAACUUAAACAGGGAAAAGCUUAAGGAUGUUCUUGACUCCUGCAGGAUGGAUGCCAACAGUGUAAGAGAUUCCUGCUCCAUGUCCCAGUCCCUCUCCAGCAGCCCCAUGAGCAGCCCGGGUUCUGGGUCGCAUCCCUGCCAGGAACAGGGCCCAAGUUCCAGUUUGUGUCAGGGUUCGGGUUCAUGUCACGCUCCUGAGCUGAAUCCCAGCUCAUGCCACGCCCCUCGUGCAUGCCAGCAGGGCUCGGGUCACAUGACCAGCCAGUGUCAAGGCCCCAGACCGUGUCACAGCUCAGGUCCGACAUGUGGGCCCUGCUCAGGCCCAGGACCGUGCACAGGGUCUGACCAAGGCUCCUCCUUUCCUUCACUGCCUGACAAUCUGCUCUCCGAAGGGCCGUCUCUGGCGUCCAUCCCUGAUGCUCUCAGCUCCUCUUCCUCUGGACUUCCCCCCAUUCCUGACAUUCUGAGUCCAAUGCCGGUGUAUCCUGCAGGAGUUCUGCUCGUGUGCAACAACUGCGUGGCCUACCAGCAGCUGAUGGAAUCCCAGUCACCGUUGCGGAAAUGGGCUCUGCGUCGGAAGAACGAGCCUUUGGAGGCCCGGCUGCAGCGCUUGGAGCGUGAGCGCACAGCAAAGAAGAACAAGCGAGCGUGCGAGACGGAAGAGGAGCGCGAAAUCAGGAGGCUUCGCGACCGCGAGGCCAAGCGCAUGCAGAGGAUGCAGGAGACGGAGGAGCAAAGGGCCCGCAGGCUGCAGAGAGACAGGGAGGCCAUGCGCCUCAAGAGAGCCAACGAGACUCCUGAGAAGAGGCAGGCCAGGCUGAUCCGUGAGAGGGAGGCAAAGAGGAUCAAGCGGCGGCUGGAGAAGAUAGACCCCGCUCUGAGGACGCAGAUAGAGCACGAUCCGGCCGCGAUGGCUGCACUCACAGCUGACAUGAGCCUUUUUCAGUUCCCCUGCCCUAUGCCUGUCCCCUCUAUGGAUAACGGGCUCUUCAUGAAACUGCCCUUAUUGGACCAGGCCACAGGAAGGGAGGGAACAGCUGGUCUGUAACUAAGUUUCGUACAUUGUGCCAUCCGGUCGCCAUGGUUACAUAAGACAAUUCUUCGCCAAGAUUCCAUGCAGCUUCUUCUGCGUGACUCAGCUUCAUACAGACUGAAGAUUUAAAAAAACAAAAACGUAAAUUUCUAAUUUAUUACAGUAUAUAUGAAACCUUGGAAUCAGGGUUAAGAAUGUUCUUUGUUUAAUGGACAGUGUUAUAAGAGCAUGUUGUAAAGAGAUUUAUCUUUGUCAGUGGAAUCGCAGAUUUUCCAGUUCACUCUACCGGGAGCAGUAAUACUUCCUUGGAGGGAAAAAAAAAAUCUUUUGCACAUGGACCAUGAGCGUAGGAGUUGGGGUUUUAAAGCCUCUCCUUUUUUGGUCCACCUCGCCAACCCAGUAACCCUGACGCACUGGUAGCUAUACCUCGCUCCCUCAAGCUGCUACCGUGGACCGUUCAUUACCGAUCUACUACCUCAGCUGGUGCCGAGGCUGCGCUCCGGCCGGUGGCUCACUGCAACUCCAAGCUUCCAGAGCUCUGUCAGGACUGCCCAGGACGACAGAGCAGGCAGGCUUGCUCGUCUAGAGUUUGUACUCAUCAUUCCGGCACUUGAAUAGGACACAUGCAUUCAUGGGAACAACUCAUUCAGAAUCACAUGAGUUCAGUGUGCUUUUUAUAAUGUCGUUGUUUGGGAGCAUAUGAAUGUUUGUCCAGUUGAACAUACAAGCAUAAAUUCCUUCAUUUCCUUAGUUCAACUUACACAUCAGUUAAACUCUGUGCUGAAUAUUUUUUUUAAACUCCAGAUAUCAAAUAUUUUCCUGUUACGAAGUCCUACUUCGGAUCAUAUAAACUCAAUCUGUGCUGCUGUUUUUGUACUGUACUAUACAUGUGUUACCUCUUAAAUAUUCUGGGCUCAUCACAUUAAGGCAUAAGUGCUCAAAUGUUAAGUAGUUAGAAAGAAAAAGACCCUUAAAUGUUACCUGUUGACCUCAUAGUUGGAUACAUUACUUGAAUUAUGCUGAUGCAUUUGUUUUUAUGCUCAUGAGCAAACAUAAAUGUGGGUGUUUUUAGCGUUGCAAAAAGAAUCCCACUUGAAUAACGACCUCUGCUUUGUGCAAUUUCUGUAGCAUUCUGAUGCUUAGUAAGCUGCAGUAUUUUCAAAAUGGAUAACCACUUAAGUUUUAAGCAAUUUUAUAUGUGGGGAGAAUCUCUUAUCACCAUGUGACUGACUCUAUAUAUUUGUCUGUUCAUUAACCUCAUUCCAGUGUGUUAAUGCAAUUUGAAAAUUAUUUUGCAAAAUGGUUUUGAAUAUUUUACAGGUAGAACUUUGGUUUUCGUUCCAUUUUUUCUUACUUGUUUUAGUGAACAGUUUUGGAUCAGUUUUCUGUUUGAGUCACUCCUAGAUCAGCCAGUCUCCGUAUGUUUAAGUCAGUGUCUUGAUCUGUGAAUUUUGGUCAUUUUUGAGAUCUGCUGAAAGAAUCUGCAGAACGGUUUAACCUCUCCAGCAUUCAUGCAGAAUGAAUAGAAACAAAACUGAUUUUUAAAGUUAAACUUGGUAGAUCGAAAUAUUAAUUUUGGAUAAAAUUGUCAGUAAUAAUUUAGAAAAUUCUGUUUUUGAUUUUUUUGUUGGUUAAUAUCAAUUUGUUCCUUAAAAAAAUGAUUACUUUUGAAAUUUUAGCAACUAUAUUUAGUUAUCUUUCAUUAACAGAGGAGCAACUUUGUUACGAGUUUGCUCUAGGAGUGCAUCAAAUGUCUAUGCAACAGGAAAUCAUUUCCCUUUUCACACAAACUAUGCAGAAUUAUGCAUUUUCUUUUUUUUUUAAUUUUUAAUGUGGCUUAAACAGACUCAAAAAUGAGAAGACCAACUUCUCAGUGAACUUAACUCAGUGAGAAGGCUAAGAGCCUUAAUACAACACACUGUUCUACGACAUGCAUUUAUCAGCAUUAGGCUUUUGGUUUUCAUUCAUUCAUUACAUCAAAUCAAAUCAACACGGUCUCUCUGCCAUUUCAUCUAUGACUCUCUAAAAAGGUCAGAUCAUCAUUCUGAACAAAUGUUUCUGUUGUUCCUUUUUUUCUUAAACUAGAAGCAUCAGGUUUUCCCAGAGGUCGCUCUUUAAAACUGGUUUGAUCCCCUUUGUCCCACAGCAAACUUCUAGAAGAGGCAGAGCUGUGGAGUCUGAAGUGAUGGUGGUCUUAAGAGCAUUGCUCUCGUCUUCAGUAAACUGCAUGUUAUAAACUGCGCUUGUAGUAGAAUGGAUCAAUUUUAACUUGUGUUCUACUUAAAUUUUAUUGCCUGCCUUUUUUGUUACUGUUUAUUCGGUGUUUUUUUAACUGCAUCUUAAUUUUUAUUGUCAGGAUUUUGGAUCGAUGUCCAUGUUUACACAAUAAAUACCUAAACAAGGCCAAACCAAUGAGGUAAACUGCUAACGUCCUGCUAGCUGUGGGUAUCGGUGCAUUCUGAUUGGACAGCACUUUUCAGGUGCCAUCCAUUGUUACUCAACUGUUAGGUGACAGACCAUAAUGAAUCCUGAUAAAGAAUGUGGAAAUAAACAUGAACUUUAACA